AUGGCGAAUCAGCUGUACGGUUCCAGCUCCUACGGGUAUGGGGGAGGAUCCAAUUCGUCCAGCAUCUACACGUCCAAAUCCAUCGCCGAGCACUAUUCAUCUAUCAGCGACAGAGGUCCUUCCAUGCUCUACAACCACAAGGACACCAUCGGCACUGGUUACUCGGCGGCCGCUAGAAUGACAGCGAGAGAAGCAUUGUGGCCGGGACCGCCUGGAGUUGAUGCAGGGGUUUCCUCAACAUCGAUUGAAUCUAUAUUAGCAGGCUAUAAGCGUUCAUCUACUGAAGCAUUAUAUCAUCAAUCGCUUGUUGGUGCCCAUAAUACGCUUGGGUUUUCUAGCAACCCUUUAGUGAAGCGGCCUAGAUUCGAGGCUACAGCCAGUUUGCUGCCUGUGUAUCCACAGAGGCCUGGAGAAAAGGACUGUGCCCAUUAUAUGCUUACAAGAACUUGUAAGUUUGGAGAUAGCUGCAAGUUUGACCAUCCUAUGUGGGUCCCUGAGGGUGGAAUCCCUGAUUGGAAAGAGGUCCCGACUACAAGUGAAGCCCUUCCGGAGAGACCUGAAGCGCCAGAUUGUCCGUAUUUCCUCAAGACUCAAAAAUGCAAGUUUGGCCCCAGGUGCAAAUUCAAUCAUCCAAAAGAUAAAGCUGCUCCUUUGGUUGCUUUAGAAAACAUUGACACUUCUGAUCUACCAGAGAGACCAUCUGAGCCCCCAUGUGUGUUCUAUAUGAAAACUGGAAAAUGUAAAUUUGGUUCAACCUGCAAAUUUCAUCACCCAAAGGACAUCAUAAUUACAGCAACUGAGGUAGAAGAUGGUAAUGGUGAAGCUUUUAUGGUUGGUGGUGGUUCAAAUGGCAAUGGGAAUUUGGAACUUUCAAUUACCCCUUUUACCCCUGCCAUGUUGCAUAACUCAAAAGGCCUCCCCAUUAGACCGGGAGAAGUGGAUUGUCCUUUCUACCUGAAAACUGGCAGUUGCAAAUAUGGUGCCACCUGUCGCUAUAAUCAUCCAGAGAGAUAUGCAAUCAAUCCAGCUGGCGCCAUUGUGUCAACUCCUGCUGCUCAUUUGACUUUUGGUAUGGUCAACCCAAUUUCCGCUGUCAUGCAAACUGUGGACCCACGACUUGCUCAAACAACGCUUGGUUUGGGUCCAACAGUCUACCCUCAGAGACCUGGUCAGAUGGAAUGCGACUAUUAUAUGAAAACUGGGAUAUGCAUGUUUGGAGAGAGAUGCAAAUAUCAUCAUCCUAUUGACAGGUCAGCACAUGCACAGUCAGCAAAAGAAUCCCAACUCAGCAUCAAGCUUACUCUUGCUGGUCUUCCAAGGAGAGAGGGUGCAAUACACUGCCCAUACUACAUGAAGACAGGGGCUUGCAAAUAUGGGGUGACAUGCAGGUUUGAUCAUCCGCCACCUGGCGAAGUUAUGGCAGCUCCAACAUCACAAGGACCAUCCGAUGAUGUCAAAGAAGAAUGAAAUUCCUAUUCUGCCCCUUUUGACUUUUCAUCUAGGAUGUUUUAAAAUGUUUGUGGUUUGAUUUGAUAAUUGCCUCUUUUCUUUUUCUCUUAUUUUGAGAAGCUUUUAGGUUUGAAUUUUAAUUAUCUCAUCAAGAAAAAUGUUACCAUCUGCAAAAACAUUUGUUGCCUGAUGCUUGAUGUUAUUUUGAUGUUAAAUGUGUAUUUGCUUAGAGUCAAUGCAUGAUUAGAUUAUGUCAAAAACCAGAUGAGAAUUGAUAUAGAUAACAUGAUCAUGUAAAUGUUGAAAGCAUG